AUGGACCUAGACCAUGAUUCCGCUGGUCAAGCGGUGUCUGGCGACGAGGAGGCCAAAAUAAAGGCUGCUCGGGAGUACUGUCUGCGAAUCCUUGGAAGUCGGUUAGCUCCUUCUCUUGUUGCAGAUGACAUUCAUAUAUCGGACCUCAUCAAGAAGAAACUUGUCCGGGAAGACCCUUCGUCCGCAAAAGCCAUUCGAUUCUCUCACCUUUAUACCAAGCUCUCCUCUUGCUCCGUGUUGACCAAGAAAUGGUCCAUCCUGUACUUUCUGCUCGCUAUCAGUGACCAGACAUCAGCGGCCGCACUAGAAGGCCGCUCCAACCAGCAGCCAUUGUCAUUUUUGGGACUACACAACCUGGAAACUGGAGCAGGACGGGGGAGAGAACGGACGAGUACUGAACAGUCCGACACAACUAUGGCAACCCACUCUCGACAUGGGUCUCCACAGAUUCCUUUACCGCAACAGUCUCGGAAAGUAACAACAGCUGGCUAUGCCAGUCCUUCACAAGGAGAUCACCAUCAACAGAGUAACUCUCAGCACAGCACUAACAGCAGCAAUGUUCACGAGAUGGAAGAGUCGGUUCUUCUCCGGGAUUUGAUGUUUGUCUUUCAAGGGAUUGACGGAAAGAUGGUCAAAUUUGGCGCAGAGUCGGGAACAUGUACGAUCGACCCUUCAUUCAACAUCUCACAUUCGACCAGGGGUUUAGUCAAUCGGCUGACAGAACUGGGAUGGCUCUACAAGAAGAUCAACCAAUACGUGCAGAAGACCUCGAAGGAGGCUAGCACAGGACUUGUGGAACAGUCACAUAUCGCAAAUGAUGCUGAUGCGACGGGAUCAAAAGGACUGACGUUGAAGCGACUCCUAGUCUGGACCCAGGACUCCUUGCAGCACUUGCAAGGAGGCGCACUUGUGUCUAUGGUUCACGAUUAUACCCAGCAUGGUGACCCCCUCAUCCAGCAGUUCAUCCAUCACAUGCUUGAACGUAUCUCGGCGCCAUUCUACGUCAUGCUUCAACGUUGGAUCUACGAAGGCGAACUGGAUGAUCCAAGGACAGAAUUCUUUAUUGCGGUCAAUCCCGACGUCGAAGAAGAGGAUAUGUGGCAGAGCAAGUACUUCAUUCGGGAGGAGAUGCUGCCGGCCUUCAUUGGCAUGCCCUUGGCCAAAAAGAUCCUUUCUAUAGGAAAAUCACUCAGUUUCCUCCGACACAAGUGCGAUGACUCGGACUGGAUUCUGCAAAACCAAGGCGUGGGAAAGUCACUCAAGUAUGGCGAUAUCGCCGAAUUGGAGGGGUCUAUUGACGCGGCCUAUGUCGGGACAAGCCAACGCCUACUUCAUCUUUUGUCAACCAAGUUCAAGUUGAUUGAGCACCUCACUGCCAUCAAGAGAUACAUCCUCCUCGGUCAAGGUGACUUUAUUCAAUACUUGAUGGAGUCGUUAGGGACAAAUCUUUCCCAGCCAGCAAACACUCUUUUUCGACAUAACCUCACAGGGACCUUGGAGACGGCCAUCCGGAGCUCGAAUGCACAAUACGACGACCCCGACAUCCUACGUCGGCUGGAUGUUCGCCUUCUGGAAAUAUCCCCGGGAGACAGUGGAUGGGAUGUGUUUUCGUUAGACUACCACGUGGACUCGCCCGUGAAUACCAUCUUAACGCCCGUCGCGAUGCACCAGUACCUGAAAAUGUUCAACUUUUUGUGGCGUCUCAAGAGAGUGGAGCAUGCACUGUCCUCUGCUUGGAGGCGCCAGACGACGAGCGCCAGAGCCAUCAGGCCAAUUCUAGAACUUGUUCCGGAACUCCACCACUGCAGGAUAGUAUGCGGCGAGAUGAUUCACUUUGUGUAUCAGCUCCAGUAUUACAUCCUGUUUGAAGUUCUCGAGUGCUCGUGGGACGAGCUUUUGAAGGCAAUCGAGAACAACAACACGACCACGGACCUGGACUCACUGAUUGAGGCCCACUCAAAAUAUCUGCGAGACGUGACGUCCAAAGGGCUUUUGGCGGCGUCCCACGAUGUAAACAUGAUGCCGCGAUUGUUGGAGCUUCUGGCAACGAUUCUGGACUACAAGAUUGCACAAGAUAAUCUAUACAACUAUGCGUUGGCCGAGAUUGAGCGCCGUGAACGACUGGCCCAGACGGCCGACCGGAGGACGCGACAUGGACAGUGGGGUCUAACGGACCAGGACGAGACGCUGGAUCGGAUUCCUGACGAGCAGUUUGAAGAGCUGGUGCCGGGCCUGUUGAGGACGUUGAACGAGUACUCGAUGCAGUUCAAGAGGGAGCUGUCUCAGCUGCUGAUCACUCUGUCUGCGGAUGGCGAUUCAGACCUGCGGUUCUUGAGCUUCCGGUUGGAUUUUAAUGAGUUCUAUCUGGGAUCGUUGAAGGGUGCGAUGGUUGGUGGAGGAGGUAUUUCUUCUUCAUCGGUAGCGGCGACGGCGGCGACGACGGGUAGAAAGGCGACCAUGAGGUAG